GCGAUUUGGAGAUUAACUAUGAACCGUUUAUAGGAGAAAGAGACACAACAAAAAUAACCUUGGUCCCAUUCUACGGAGGCGCCAAAGGCCAAUCUCUACAGAUAAUAGAAAACUCACAAGGUCAAGUUUUAUCGUCUACGAUUGUAAAAACACCCAACGACUACAACCCGCCAUCUGAACUAACGGAAACCGAAAUUGACACAAUGGCUCUCGAAAACCCUCAACUACCAUCAAAAUUCGAUGGAUUCGAUUACCUCAUCAAAAGUAUUCAACACAAAGCCGCUGAAAUUGUAAAGUUACAAGAAAUAGCUAAGAAAAAUGGCGAGUUAACUGAAAGCGAACAAGACGAGUAUCGAGAACAUAUGAAAUCGAUAAACGAAUCCUCCAAAAGUUUGGCGGAAGCACAAGAAAGUGCCAGCUUGACUUUUGAAACAAGAGAAGGCCUAAGUGAAUGGUUUGAUAUGAAGCGUGAGAAAACAAAGGAUAAAAACAAGAAAAAGGACAGUAAAGAUAAAGACAAGAAAAAGGAGGAAGAAAGCAAAAAAGAAGAACAGGAAAAGGUAGAGGAAGAAGAGGAAAACGUUGAUCAGGAUAAUGAAGGUGUUGCCAUUAAUUUACCUCCAGCUGAUGCUUCUGUAGCUGAAGCUAAACCAGUUGGAUUAGCAGUUGCAGGUGAAGGAGGUGUGGCUGCAAGUAAACCAAUAGCAACAGCAGUAGUUGGUCCAGGAGGCUUGGCUAUUGCCAGGCCAGUUGGUACUGCAAUAGCAGGAGUUUCUCCAGACCAAGCUUUGGUUCCUAUCUACGCAGAAGGAUCGUCUGGAUCGCACAAGAAAGGUCCCAAAAAUAAAUCGGAUCAGAUGAGCGAGUUUCUGAAUAAGAUUAUUAGUAAAUAUCAUCAGACGUGA